UGCCCUAUUAUGGAAAUGGGUUAUCCACUAGAAAGCUUAUUUCAUGGACUACCAAAGUAUUUGGAAUCAAUCUGUUUAAUUAUGAUUUGUUUUCUUGGUACCCUUUCUUGUAGGUUUACCAUUGAGGCUGUCUUGAAUGGUCCAUUUCCAAGAUCAAGAUUCAGCGUAAGUGGCUCCGAAAGGACUUUAAGACAAAGAGGCAAGGAUCCCAGCAUCACUCUUGGGGAAGAGAGAAAACAGAAUAUUUUUCUUGACAAACGUGGGAAAUGGAGAAUCUCUAAUCCCAAAAAGUUGUCCAGGAAAAAGGGUGGUUCGCUAAGGGGACGGGGAUGGAAAUAUGGAUCUGGAUUUGUAGAUGGAGUUUUCCCUGUCCUGAGCCCCAUGGCUCAGCAGAUUCUAAAGUUUGUACAGAGGGAAUCCGAUGCUGCCAAAAUUUGGGCUUCACUUGACACUCUCCCUCCUACUCAUAAUUUGUGGGAUGAUCUUAUUAGUAUAUCUGUUCAGCUUCGUCUCAACAAACAUUGGGAUCCUAUUAUCUCCGUCUGUGAGUGGAUACUGUACAAGAGUUCCUUCCAUCCUGAUGUACUGUGCUACAACUUGCUUAUAGAUGCAUAUGGCCAGAAGUUGCAACACAAGAAGGCAGAGUCAGUUUACUUGCAGCUUCUUGAAGCUCACUGCAUCCCAACUGAGGAUACUUAUGCUCUUCUCUUGAGGGCUUACUGCACAUGUGGAUUGCUUGAGAAGUGUGAGGCUGUCCUUACUGAGAUGCGAAAGAAUGGCACUCCUCCGGGUGCGGUUGUAUAUAAUGCAUACAUGGAUGGGUUGUUAAAGGGAAGGAACACUGUAAAGGCUGUGGAGAUCUUUCGGAGGAUGAAGAGUGAUCAGUGCCGGCCAUCUACAGACACAUAUACAAUGAUGAUUAACCUGUAUGGGAAGGCUAAUCAAUCAGCUACUGCCUUAAAGGUUUUUGAUGAAAUGAAAACUGAAAAGUGCAAGCCAAAUAUAUGUACAUAUACUGCUUUGGUCAAUGCAUUUGCAAGAGAUGGACUUUGUGAGAAGGCAGAAGAAAUAUUUGAGGAGCUACAAGAAGCUGGACAUGAGCCUGAUGUUUAUGCAUAUAAUGCCCUCAUGGAAGCAUACAGCCGUGCAGGUUUUCCAUUUGGUUCCUAUGAGAUCUUUACUCUGAUGCAACACAUGGGAUGUGAACCAGACACAGCUUCAUACAACAUUAUGGUUGAUGCAUUUGGAAGGGCUGGUCUUCAUGAGGAAGCCGAGGCUGUGUUUGAAGAACUGAAGCAACAAGGCAUGACACCAACCAUGAAGUCUCACAUGCUGCUCCUUUCAGCCUACUCAAAGGCAGGAAACAUCCCCAAAUGCGAGUUCAUCAUGAACCAGAUGCACAAAUCUGGUCUCAAGCCCGACACCUUCGCGCUGAACUCGAUGCUGAAUGCCUACGGCAGGGUCGGUCGCUUUGAGAAGAUGGAAGAAGUGCUGACCGCAAUGGAGAACAGUCGGUUAGAAGGGGACAUCAGCACCUACAACAUCUUGAUCAACAUCUACGGUCGGGCGGGAUUCCUCAGCAGAAUGGAGGAGCUCUUUCGGUCCCUCGUGAGCAGGGGACUGAAAGCUGAUGUGGUGACAUGGACUUCGAAGAUGAGCGCAUAUGCGCGGAAGAAGCAGUACAAGAGAUGCUUGGAGAUCUUCGAAGAGAUGAUUGAUGCGGGCUGCUAUCCCGAUGGAGGGACCGCCAAAGUGCUGCUCGCAUCUUGUACCACGGAUGAGCAGAUCGAGCAAGUUACUACUGUAAUUAGAUCAAUGCACAAGGAGGCAAGGAAUGUGUUUGAUAUAUGACAGUUUAAUCCAGUAAUCCAUGAGAUAUAUGCACACUGUAAUGACACUACAGACAGUUUCUCCUCUUGUUCACGAACUCAAAUCAAAUUUGAGUUGGAUCCAUUUAAACAUAGAUUGCUUUGUGGGGGUAA